AUGAAAGCACGCCACCUCCUGCUGGUUCCCAAGCAAAAGUUGAUUUCAAAGGUUGCUUCAAUAAGGUUUAUGCUUUCGGUGACUCAGACACAGACACUGGAAAUGCUCACAACUUGGGUGAUCUCAAAUCCUUCAUUAGCACUUUAUUCUCUCACGCUUGGUCCCCAUAUUGCUCAUCAGUUAUCUGGUUAUCGACUAUCUAAUGGCCGCUUAGUCAUUGAUUUCCUAUGUGAAGCUCUCAACAUAUCCCACUUGUCAGCCUAUAAAGGCUCUCCCGCAAACUUCUCAGGUGGUGCAAACUUUGCAGUAGCCGGAUCGACGGCUCUUUCAAGUAAUCUCUUUAGUCAUUUCAAUUUCGGUAAUCCCCUUAUGUGGAAACCAAAUCCAGAGAGUAUCUUAACUCAAAUUGAUUGGUUCCAUAAAUUUGUUGGGGAGAGAGAAUGCCAGGGAAAAGAUGAGACUGCAUGCAAAUCAGAGCUUGGGAAUGCUCUCUUUUGGAUAGGUCAGAUUGGUGGCAAUGACUAUGCUCGUCUGUUUGCCUCUUCCAUUGGCCUUGCUAUUGCCAAUAAGCAAUUCACAGAGCAAGCUGUUAAUCACAUCUGCACACUUGCAUUGGGGCUAUUGGACAAGGGGACAAAGUUCCUUGUGGUUCAAGGGCUACCACCAAUAGGGUGCCUUCCAUUGCAGUUGGUAACAUCUCCCUCAAAUGAUCGUGAUCAAAAUGGGUGUUCAACGAGUGCCAACUCGGUAAUAAAAGGUCACAACAAUCUUCUCCAGAAGAGGUUGGAUGAAAUUCGAACCCAAUACAAAGAUUCUAUGAUCCUAUAUAUUGAUUUCUACAAAGCAUUCACAACAAUAUUGGAAAAGCACACACAAUACCAGUUUGACGAACCCUUCAAGGCAUGUUGUGGAGCUGGGCGAGGACCAUUCAACUAUCAACCAAACCUCCUUUGUGGAGCUUUUGGCACCUCUAAUUGCAAGAACUCCAGCACCCAUAUUAACUUUGACGGGGUCCACUUAACUGAAAAUAUGCAUUUACACCUCUCUGAUCUCUUCUUCAACCGAGGCUUUUGUACACCAUCAUUUGCAGAUCUGAUUAAGAAGAAGAAAGGCCAAUAUUAA